UCAUCUAUCCGUAUUGCUGAUUAUCCCUGACUAUAUUUACAGGUGAUUGAGGCAACUGUCAUAGCAGUUUGUGAUGAAUAUUUUCAUUAGAACGAAUGUAUCAAUACGAGGGUAUGUCAUAGUGAUGCAUCACUUUUACAAUUACUAAUUUGACUUGGAGUACAUCUGCAAUCAACAAAGUGGAGAAUUAGGAAAAUUAUUACGUACGAAGCUGAAACAAAUCUUCUGGAUUGAGUAAAUAAUUCCUGUGUAUUGUGUACACUACAGAGGUUACUUUGAUCGUGCAACAGCUUUUACAACAUUGUCUGAAAUGGAGGAUACACAAGAAGAGCUACAAUUUGUAGUAGAUGAUGUGAGCAAUAUCAUCAAAGAAGCGAUUGAGGUAUCGAUAGGUGGCAAUGCUUAUCAACACAACAAAGUCAAUCAAUGGACUUCAAAUGUUGUGGAGGCUUGUUUAGGCAAUCUUACAAAAUUACAAAAAGCUUACAAAUAUAUUGUAACCUGUACAAUCAUGCAAAAAAAUGGAGCUGGAUUACAUACUGCAAGCUCAUGCUAUUGGGAUAAUGCUACGGAUGGAAGCUGCACGGUACGCUGGGAAAAUAAAACUAUGUAUUGUAUUGUAUCUGUUUUUGGGUUGGCACUUUAAAUUUAUCUGCACUGACAAAUUGAAGAGUUCUCUCAUUUGAAAAGUAAUUCCCUGGAUACAGGAAGUAGCAAGUAUCACUUGCAGAAAUAUAAUAUGCCAUUAUAAAUUCGUUCGACGAUAUUUUAUAUUUUGCAUGAAUUAAUAUAAAUUAAAGCUAGAAGAAAGAGAGCACAGAUUAUUGUAUCAUGGAACAUAGUUAAGGCAAGGAUCAAUAAUAUGUGAUACAAGUGAUAGGGUGUAUACAUAAAAUAGCACAUAUAAUAUAUUUAAUUGCUUUAUAUUUGCUUUUAUGAGAACUGAUAUUCUUUCUACCAAUGCAUUGUAAUUUUUACAAACUAAAAAUAAGAAAACGUUAACACCUUAAUUCUUGUGUCGUUAUUGCACAAGAUAGUAUGUAUGUUAUGUAAAAUAAAGAUAUGUGUCUAUAAAA